AUGACUGAAGAAACUAUCAGUCAGCACAGAGUGGAAAGGCUGGACGGGACAAAGCGUGCAGCAGCUGCCGGCCAGGUUCCCGACCUCACGCUUUACUCUUCGCCGCCGCUACCGCGAGUCUUCCUACUCGACUGGUAUGCCGAGAUGAUGAACGACGUGCCUCGCAACACGGCCUUUGAGGCCGCGAUCCGGAAAGUCAUCGCCGCGGUCAUCGACCUUGGCUGCGGCGCUGGGGUGCUGUCGAUGCUCGCGCUGCGAGCAGGUGCCACGGAAGUGCUGGGUGUGGACCACUCGCCCCACCUGGCGCGAUGUGCGCGGCGGGUCUUGGCCCACGAGGACAAGGUCAGCGUGUUGUGUGGGGACAUUCGCACGGUCUCUGUCGCGGAGGAGGACCGCUUUGACGUGGUCGUCGCGGAGCUCUUAGAUGCUGGUGGCCUUGGCGAGAAGAUCAUCCCUUUCCUUCGCCAUGCCAAAAGCAGGCUGCUUCGCCCGGGUGGCUAUUUGGUGCCCCGCGGCCUCCGCGUCCGGGCCUCCCUCGUGGAGGCCCGUCUCCCUCAAGCCCGUCUUCCCGGCGGCGUCGCGGAAGUGGACCUCUCGGCCUUUGACCCCUUCUGGCUGCCAGCUCGCGCCGAGCGAAGCGAGUGGCUUGGCAUCGACCUGGAUGCUGGCUGCGACUGGGAGCCUGCAUCGGAGGUGGUGGAGGUGAUCUGGCUGCAACUUGGCUGUCACACCAGAAACCCCAGCGUCGCUCUGCCGUGUCAAGUGGUUUGA